AUGGGUGCUGAGGCUCUGCCCCGACGGACACCCGCUCCCGCCUGGCUGCCCACUGCCAAAGGUGAGGAAGGCGACUUCUGCCUGCGCUCUUCGGACUGCGCGGCCGGGCUGUGCUGCGCCCGUCACUUCUGGUCCAAAAUCUGCAAACCGGUGCUGCGGGAAGGGCAGGUGUGUACCCGGCACCGACGGAAAGGCACCCACGGCCUGGAGAUCUUCCAGCGGUGCCAGUGCGCUGAGGGGCUGGCGUGUCGCCUCCAGCGAGAGCACGGCCCCGCCGACGCUUCCCGCCUGCACACCUGCCAGCGGCACUGA